AUGCACAGAGAAGAAAGAGCCGUUGAUGUCGUUGCUGAUACUUUAAAUUCAAAAAUCGAUAAAAGUCGCAGUGAUAAUAAUAAGUGCGAUAAAAAUAUAUUUCAAGAAGAAACGAUAAUCUUAAAUGUUGGGGGUUAUGAAACAUAUCGUUCAACGCUUACAGCAUAUCCACACACAUUAUUAGGGACAAUGUUUGCAGAACGUAACGUAGAGUUAUUGAGACCAAUAAAUGGAAAUGAAUAUUUUAUAGAUAGAGAUGGUAGUUUAUUUCGUAUUAUAAUGCAAUUUUAUCGUACAGGGAAGAUUUAUUGGCCAUCUUUUGAAUUUGGCCAAAAAAAUAAAUCAAUAUUGCCAUUUUCAAAGGAAGAAAUAGAAACAGAAUUAGACUAUUAUCAAUUACCCUAUCAAACCCCUUUAUGUAAACAAUCAUCAUAUGCAGUUUUAACUCGGAAAGAUUUAGGACUUGCAUUUUCUUGUAACCCGGUAACAGAGAAACUAGAUGAAUUUGUUGUAACAUUGAGUAAUGUGAUCAAAGAAGUUAUGGCAAAUUUUGAAACUGAAAUAACGGUAACUUUUAGUAAGAAUGGUUAUAAUCCAUUUUGUGGUUUUGGUCUUCACUUUAUUAAAAGUUCUUCGAUAAUGGAAACUACUGAGAAACUUCUUAAACCAUUUGGAUCUGUUGGUUACCUAUUUAUACACAAGUAUGGUGCUGAUAUUGGAUCCUAUUUAAAAUCUGUGAUCCCCGAAUUGUCUUGGCAAUAUGGUUACUCUCAAAACAGGGAUCAACUUAAAUUACACAUGUCUAUUACAAAUUCAUUGUCGGACUCUGAAAUUUUUGAUCAUUCAUGCCUGGCUUCUAAAUCGGACAAUUAG